AUGAGUGAAUAUCUUCCCUCGUUCAUUGUCGAACCUGUGCUGCGCCAAGCGAGGCGAUUCUCCCGUCUCAGCGGCACGACUGACGAGUCGCCCGGUUUCUUCCCUGCCGUGCCCGACCUGCAACGCUGGAGCCCCUCUCGACUCUGGAACACGUCCCCUCCGCCUUCGCUCGAGGACCCUCCUGCGGUCGAGCCGGAGUCAGAGCCAGAGCCAGAGCCAGAGCACAGAGAGAGUACGGUGCAGUCCAUAGCCAGGACCAUCCAGCUAUGGGCCAACCAGCUGAACAGCUUCGACUCCAUUCCUUCCCCUCCCUUAGGGGCCGAGGACGACUCGAGACGGCCGUCAUCCGAGCCCCCCCUGCGGCAAGAGCCGUCUACCACUGACUUUCCUCCUCUCGAGCCCGAGCCUCCACGACCGCCGUCGCGCCCCGGUGCUCUCCAAAACCUGCGGACGGACAGCGAAACCUCUCUGAACCCGGCCCAUGAGUUGUCGUACCGAUCUCGCGUCCACGAAGACAGUGCGCGGCCUCAUGCGGCGUCUGAUCCGUUGAGGGAAUCGUCAAGAGUCGCAGACGUGGCGGGCACGCAGGAUAUACAAGAUAAUGGCGGGAGGGAAGGUUCGGGGGCGCUACCAGAAGAUGAUGGGAUGAGCGUUCUCAGACACCGGAUCAACGCCGUGUGGUCGGGCCCUGGUACGGCGGGCGAGAAAUCAAGGCUCGUCCAUGCGUUAAUGAUGGAACGCUACCAGACGGGUCUCGCCGGCAAAGGCAUGUUGUCCAAGGCGCUGGAACCGUCCCCCAGACCCGUCUCACGAGGCUCGACUGUGUCCGGAGCGGGCCCGGAGACCAACUACAACCUCACUACAGAAGCCCUCCAACCGACCUAUGCACCUCCUGACCCCGAUGACAUGGAGGGGUCCGGUGAAAUAUCGGAGCCGGUGCUUGGGUGUGUCCAUUACAAGCGAAAUGUCAAGAUGCAAUGCAGCGUGUGCGACAGGUGGUAUACUUGCCGAUACUGCCACGACGAGGCUGAGAACCAUACUCUGCCGCGUCGAGACACCAAACGGAUGUUGUGCAUGCUUUGCAAAACGCCACAAGCCGUGGGCCAGUUUUGCAAAACGUGCCAGGCGCAAAUGGCGUGCUACUACUGCCCGAUCUGCAUCCUGUGGAACAAUGAUCCCGAAAAGUCCAUCUAUCAUUGUGACGACUGUGGGAUCUGUCGACUCGGCGAGGGUCUGGGCAAAGACUUCUUCCACUGCAAGACAUGUGCGGUGUGCAUGUCCAUCCAGGCCGAAAGCACCCACAAAUGCAUUGAAAAGAGCACCAAGUGUGACUGUCCUAUCUGUGGCGAGUACAUGUUCACCUCGAAUCGACCCGUGGCGUUCAUGCGCUGUGGCCACGGCAUCCACGAGUCUUGCUUUUCCGAGUGGUGUAAUACCAGCUACAAAUGUCCGAUCUGUUCCAAGAGCAUCGCCAACAUGGAGAGCCAGUUUCGGCGGCUGGACCGGCAUAUCGAGGAACAACCGAUGCCGGAAGAGUAUCGCGACAACCGGGCCUAUAUCUUUUGCAACGAUUGCAAUAGCCGCAGUGUGACCAAGUACCACUGGCUGGGGUUGAAAUGCACCAUCUGUGAGUCGUACAACACCACACAGCUGGAACUUCUCGGUGCCGAAGACACUCCACAGCUACAGGAACAGCAAGAAAGGGCGCAGCAAGCAGGCACCUCUGAAGCCACCUUGACCGCAAGUCAGAGCCACACUCCCGCGGGGCCAGCCACUGAACCCGUGGACAUUGUCAGACCAUCAAAUCAAGCAGUCCCUCAUCCUAUCGAGAUUGGGACCGCCCCUAACACUCCCCGAAGCCGGUCGUCUUGGCUUCUGCCACACUCACCCACCGCUCGCUCGACCCGAUCUGUGUCUCCGGCCAUCGGGAGUUAUUUUGGAACUGGGCAACGACCAGCAGGUACCCCUGAAUCCUCCAUCGGCGGAACAGUUGUUGUAAACGACGACGACGACGAUGAUGAUCUCGAUUUCUGGGGUUUGCCCCAUUCACCUCGGCGACACAGCGCCGCGGAGAUUGAAUCCGAGUCCGAGUCCGAGUCCGACAGUGAGCGUGACGAGCCAAUGGAGGACGAGGAUGGGGAGGAAGAAGAAGAUGCAAUGGACUUGAUCGGACAUAGAUGA